AUGGCCAGUCCAGUGGACGCGUCCCCUGCAGGCCAUGCCAGUGGGUUGGGUCCCCACCGGAGAAAGAGGACUACCUUCAGCAGAGGGCAGCUGCUGGAGUUGGAGCGGGUGUUUGCAGCACGGCCUUACCCCGACAUCGGCACCCGUGAGCACCUGGCCCGGGUCACCUGCCUUCCUGAGGCCAAGAUACAGGUGUGGUUCCAGAACCGCAGAGCCAAGAGAAUCAAGAAUAGGAAGCCAGGAGGCCUGCGCCCCAGACCCGAGCCUCCCCAGAGAUCCCCUUCUCUUCCGGACACCAUCCAGCAGUCCUGGGAGCCCCGCACCCUCGGCCAGCCUCCACCCUCCGACAGCACAGCUCAGUGUGCCUCUGUGUGUCGACAUGCCUCCUGUCCAGCUCCUGGCUUGGGUUCAGGGCAGGGCUGGGUAGGGGCUAAAGCUACGGCCCCAUGGGGACCGGCUGGGGCUUCAGGGGUCCACGUCUCUUCAGAGCGAGCUGCUCCCCAGACCUCACUGGGCAGCCUGUCUGACCUCAUCUAUGCCUCGGCAAUUGUCACCAACCCAGACCACUCCUAA